AUGUGGGUUAAUCCUGAGGUGUGUAAGAAAUGUAUCCCAGCCACUCUCUUCCAUGGUUCAGAGAUCCUAGACACAGAAAAGAAAGCUCCUUUACAACUGCGUUUAGAGCCAAGUCUCCCAAUGUAUGGCAGUGACAACAAUGCCUUGGAUUUACCCUUGAACAGAUUAAAAUGUCCCGAGACCCUUCACAGAGGAUCAAAAGCUGGGUCGAAAAGGAAGACCUUGCACAAGCACGUUACCAGGUAUGACUCGAGCAUGCGCCUUGUGGAGGUUUUGCAGAGCAUGCGCAGUAGCGGCUGCACGAGGAAUUGGUCGAAGGAGCUGAGUGCAGAAUGUGAAAAGACCUUUAAAAGAUGCAGGGAAUUGCUGAGACACCAACGCACUCACACCAGCGAGAGGCCAUUCACUUGCUCCGUCUGUGGGAAGAGCUUCACCCGUUCAGUUCAACUUCUGAAGCACGAGGGUGUUCACACUGGGGAGAGGCCGUUCACCUAUUCCGUGUGUGACAAGAGAGUUUCUGAAUCCUCCCAAUACACUGAACACAAACACGUUCACUCUGAUAAGAGAACUUUUAAAUGUUCUGAAUGUGAGAAAACCUUUAAAAGAAGCAAUGACCUGCUGAUACACCAGCGCAUUCACACUGGGGAGAGGCCGUUCUUCUGCACUGAGUGUGGGAAGAGAUUCACUCGGUCAUCUAAUCUGAUGGAGCACCAGCGCACUCACACUGGGGAGAGGCCGUUCCUCUGCUCCGACUGUGGGAAAAGAUUUGCUCAUUCAUCUGAUCUGGUGAAACACCAGCGAAUUCACACAGGGGAGAGACCAUUCACCUGCUCUGAGUGUGGGAAGACAUUUACUCGCUCGUCCCACCUGCUGACACACCAGCGGGUUCACACUGGGGAGAGACCAUUCACCUGCUCCAAGUGUGGGAAAGGAUUCACUCAGUCAGCCAACCUGUGGAUACACCAACGAGUUCACACUAGGGAGAGACCGUUUCUCUGCUCUGAGUGUGGGAAGGUAUUCAGCCGGUUAGCCAACCUGUUGAGGCACCAGCGAGUUCACACUGAGGAGAGACCUUUUAAAUGCUCUGACUGCGGGAAGUGCUAUAAAACAUCUGAAGAACUGAUGUACCAUCAACGUGUUCACACUGAGAAGAGACCGUUCAGGUGCUCUCACUGCAGGACUGGGUUCAGGAAAUCAUCUCAACUAACUUUGCACCAGCGAAUUCACACUGGGGAGAGGCCGUACACCUGCUCCGAGUGUGGGAAGGGAUUUACUUGUUCACACCACCUGCUGCGACACCAGCGAGUUCACAGGUCACCGGCAACGUUGGAUUUUCUCGUUUGUGCUGCUGAGAAUCACGUCCAGGACUGAACCUUUUCUCCUUUCUAACUCUAGAUUAUUUCAGUUCUCAUACCCUCGGUUAUUCUAAAUGCACAGGUCCCAGCUCCUCAUAUCUUCCAGAGUGUCUCUCCUAACCUUGGGAUCCAGGAAAGUGUAAGAUUUUUGAUUUGGGAGCCACAGAUACCUUAGAAAG